AUGGCGGCGUCAGCUAAGAAAAAGAACAAGAAGGGGAAGACCAUCACUCUCACCGACUUCUUGGCAGACCAAAGCGGCGGAGGCAGUGCACCGGCUCCCAGCUACCCUGCCAAAACCACUAGCUGGGCUGAUGAAACGGUUGACUUGGAUGGAGAUGUGUCAACUUCAUGGCACACAGAUGAGGAUUCGUUCCGGGGCCCGCCCAUUGACCGGUCCAGCCUGCCCACAGCACCCCGUUCAGCUCGUGAGCCCAAUAUCGACCGGUCCCGUCUGCCCCGCAGCCCGCCGUACACCGCCUUUCUUGGCAACCUGCCCUAUGAUGUCACUGAAGAAUCCAUCAAAGACUUCUUCCGCGGCUUGGCAAUCAGUGCAGUGCGUCUGCCCCGUGAACCUAGCAACCAUGAAAGGUUGAAGGGUUUUGGCUAUGCAGAGUUUGAUGAUGUGGACUCUCUCCUGAGGGCCUUAAGUCUCAAUGAGGAGAACCUGGGAAACCGAAGGAUCCGUGUAGAUAUAGCAGACCAGUCGAAUGAUAAAGAGAGAGACAGUGGAAUGAUGGGAGGUCGAGACCGCGGUGGGAGAAUGGCGGACAUGGGCCCGGACAAGACAGACAGUGACUGGAGGGCUCGGCCCAGCGGAGAGGAGAGUGAUGAUGGGCCUCCCAGGAGAGACGAUGCCUUUGGAGAGAGAUCACGAGAUCGCUACGAGUCGGAUCGUUUCCGAGACGGUUCACGAAGGGACUAUGACGGUGGAAGAGAUCGCUACCGGGACCGCUACGAUGACAGAGACCGGCGAGAGUACGAUAGAGGCUAUGACUCUCGUGGUGGCGGAGGAGGCCGCCGUGCUUUUGGCAGCAGCUUCCGUCGAGAUUACGAUGACAAUCGAGGUAGCAAUGACCGUUUCGGCGAUCGAGAUCGUUACGGGGAAAGGGAUCGUUACAGUGAGGAUCGAUACGAGCGGCGUGAUGAGAAGCGUGAUGAUAGAGCUCCCCAGCAGCGGCCCAAGUUGAAUCUAAAGCCCCGCAGCGUGCCCAAGGAUGAGGAAGGCGGCAGUGCCGGCAGCGGUGGGUCUUCCCCAGCCGUUGCGCCGACCUCCAGCGGCAGGGCCUCCUCCAUCUUUGGUGAUGCCAAACCAGUUGACACGGCAGCCAAAGAACGGGCGGUUGAAGAGAGGCUGAAGAAACAGGAAGAGAGUUUCCAGAGGCAGCUGGAGGAGGACAAGGGCCGGGGCCCUGACCGAAAGAUACGAGACAAAGACCCAAGCUGGCGAAAUGAGGAAAGUUACACAGAGAGAUCUCGUACAGGAAGUGAGUCCUCCCAGACAGGAAGUGGUUCUGGAAGAGCGUCACGGUGUCGGGACAACGAGCGUUCCGGGGAGAACGAGGUUUUCAGCGGGAGGGAAGAUGAGCCUUCAUCUCCCGCGCCCCCCUCACAGCCUCCCCCCACGAAGGAGCCGUUGAAGGUGAUGCCAGCACCUCCUCCCAAGGAGAACGCCUGGGCCAAGAGAAGUGCGUCCAACACCAGCACUGCUGACGCUGAUGGGCGGUCCCCGGUCUCCCCUGUUGGUUCGGCUCCCCCCAAGUUCAGCUCCUCAAAUUCUGCAGAUGAGAGAGAAUCCGGAAAGGAUGAGAACAAGGCUGGCGGUGCUCACCGGGACCGGGGCCCCCCACGGGCUCGAGGUGGGCCUGCGGGGCCUGGAGCAGGGCGAGGAGAGGUUCCCAACAGAGACCGAAGAAAGGAGGCAGACAGAAAGGAUAACAGAAGAGAUCGAGAUGCCAGACCACCGCCAGAGCCAAAGAAAUACGAAGAAUCCCCAAUCCCUAAGUUCAGCUCAGCCAGUAAAUACGCCGCUUUGCUAAUGGACGGAGACGGCGACGACGCUGGGGAUGUGGAGUAGAGAAGACGGCAAAGAAGAGGAGCAAAUGAACACAAGAAUAAUAAUUUCACAUAGCUUAUAUUCUCAUGUGGAAGUAGCCCCCCCUCCUUCCCCGGGUGAUCAAACAGCCCAACCCACCUUCAAACCUGUCCUUUCCCUUCAUCUUCCUUCCCUUCCACUCAACUCUGAGGACUCUUUCAGGUUCAACACAGUCACCUACUGGACUUGGUUUUAAUUGGGUUGGGGAAAAAUACGAGUGUUUAGCUCUGGAAAUGUGAUAAAGUUGGAAAAUUGUAAUAAAUAAAUGGAAAAAGUGGGGAAAAAGGAAUUUGUACAUUUGUGGAUCAAAGAUGCGAUGGAUUGAUCCUAGAUAUUGUAGCUAUAAUGGCACUGUCAUGGACUUUUAAAUUCUAAUCAAAUCGUUCACAUUGACUUGCGUACCUCCCACAAGGCAACAGCAGUUAAUUUUAUUAGUCAUUUGGAAAUUGUCCUAAAGUCUUGUCCCGCUAUAAUUAAUCACAAAUCAUGUCUUCCAGCACUGACUUUGAUUCUGAAACUACCCCAUGGACUGUAGUCCAUGUCCACUGUGCAACAUGUUUUGAUGUGUUUCACUCCGAGUGACACUAAACAGUCGCCUCGUGACUCCGCUCGAGUCUUUAAGUGCCAUUAUUGUUCUGCCCUUAUCAUUGUACAGACUUUGUUCUCUUUCUAUAACUUCUGAUGAAAUCAUCGCUUCAAUUCGUCUAUCUGCGCUCCUUUCUGGCCGUCUUCCCGUCGUCCUCUGCUGUUCACAAAUCCUUCUUCCUCAUGUGAGGGCUGCAGUGUGGGAGCCUGGUUUUCAUGACAUGACCUUUUUUCCCCGCUUGCAAUAAAAAGGGGUACACA